AUGGAGCGUUUCGUGGAGCAGCUCGCGUCGCUCGUGGCCGCCUUGAGCAGCCGCUUGGGCACCCAGCUCGACGUUUCCCCGGCAGCUCUUCAAGCCUCCUUUGCGCUCCUCGCAACCGUCAUAUGCGGCCUCAUCAUCCGCUCCGCCAGCGCCCUCGCCGUAGCGGCCACAGCAUCCCGCCCACGCCAUUACGUCGUGCCACCGCCGAAGCUGCCCGAGAAGGACGGCAGAGUCGCCCAGACGAGCAUCAAGGUCGCCGGGAGCGAGGCGAUCCAGUGCUACGCGCCCGCCACGGGCCAGUUCCUCGGGCAUGUCAACCCCACGACCGCAGACGGCAUCGAUCGCGCCGUUGCUUCGGCCGCGGAGGCGCAAAGGGUCUGGGCGACGACGACGUUUGAGCAGAGAAAGGCGGUGCUGCGGUCGCUGAUGCAGUACGUCAUGGGCAACGCCGAGCAAAUCUGCCGCAUCGCCGGGCUGGACAGCGGCAAGACCAUGGUGGACGCGCAGCUGGGCGAGAUCCUGGUGACGGUGGAAAAGAUCCAGUGGACGCUCAAGCACGGCGAAAAGGCCUUGCAACCAUCACCCAGGCCGACCAACCUGCUCAUGUCGUACAAGCGCAACACGGUGCACUACGAGCCGCUGGGCGUCGUCGCCGCGCUCGUCAGCUGGAACUACCCCUUCCACAACCUCAUGGGCCCCAUCAUCAGCGCGCUCUUCGCCGGCAACGCCAUCCUCGUCAAGGUCUCGGAGCAGACGGCCUGGUCCAGCGGCUACUUCCUCGACAUUGCUCGCGGCGCCCUCGCCGCUCACGGCCACGAUCCGCAGCUCGUCCAGACGGUCGUUUGCUGGCCCGAGACGGCCGGCCACUUGACGUCGCACCCGGGAAUCAGCCACAUCACCUUCAUCGGCUCCCAGACCGUCGCCCACCACGUCGCCGCCAGCGCCGCCAAGAGCCUCACGCCCGUCGUCGCCGAGCUCGGCGGCAAGGACCCCUUCAUCGUCCUCGAAUCCGCCGGCGGCAGCAAAGGGAAAGACGGCGACCUGCCUCGCAUCGUCGACGUCAUCCUCAGGGGCACCUUUCAAGCCGCCGGCCAGAACUGCAUCGGCAUCGAGCGCGUCAUCUCGUCCGGCGCCGUCUACGACCGCCUGAUCCAGCUGCUCGAGCCCCGCGUCAAGGCCAUCCGCCUCGGCCCCGACGCCGACAUGGGCGCCAUGAUCUCCGACGCCUCCUUCGCCCGCCUCGAGGCCCUCAUCGCCGAGGCCGUCUCCCAGGGCGCCCGCCUCCUCGCCGGCGGCAAGCGCCACGCCCACCCCGACUACCCCCAAGGCCACUACUUCCAGCCCACCCUCCUCGUCGACGUGACCCCGUCCAUGCGCAUCGCCCAGAACGAAUGCUUCGCCCCCGUCCUCACCAUGCUCCGCGCCCCGUCCUCCUCCGCAAAGGACAUGCUCGCCAUCGCAAACGCCCCCGACUUCGGCCUCGGCGCCUCCGUCCACGGCUCCGAGCGCGACCCCGCCCUGCGGCCCAUCGUCCGCGGCCUCAAGGCCGGCAUGGUCGCCGUCAACGACUUCGCCGCCUACUACGCCGUCCAGCUCCCCUUUGGCGGCGUCGCCGGCUCCGGCUACGGCCGCUUCGCCGGUGAGGAGGGCCUCCGCGGCCUCUGCAACACAAAGGCCGUCUGCGAGGACCGCUUCGGCUGGCUCGGCAUCAAGACGGCCAUUCCCCCUCCUGUCCAGUAUCCCGUGGCCAGCCAGGACCGCUCUUGGCGCUUUACCCAGGGCGUUGUCGAGGUGGGAUACGGCUCGUCGGCGACCAAGGUUGCUGGCGUGACCAAGAUUUUGAAGAACAUGUAA